GUGGCACUGUUAGGGGAGGGGUUGGUAUCUAGAUUUGGGCACCGGGGGAAGAAUGUCUCCUUUCAACUUUGUCUGGCUUGCACCCCCAGAGAAGGCCACACGCCGGUUGUGGGGUGCAGAUGUGCCGAGAGUGAUUUCUAAGUAGUUGAGUUGUUGAAAUGAGGAUACGGCUGCUAAUGGUAGGCAGGUUUUGUUUUCAUUGGUGAAUCUAGUGUCAUCAUAUUCUGGUCAUAUGUUGAAAUAUUCUUUGUUUAGGUCUUGAAGUAGGGAAUCUCACUCUGCACGUCCACAUUGUGUUGUUUUUAAAUGUCUCUGCAUGUAUGCCUUUCUAGAAUAUCAAACGUGAGUUAAGGUCCGGGCCUGUGUGGGCCUCGGCACUGGCCUUGACAGUGAACUUUGUGGCUGUGUUUUGGAUUUCAAAGAUUUGCCCUAUAGUGGGGGAGCGAGCUGUUCAUUUUUGUUAAUAGUGUUAGGAAUAUAGAUGCUUUAGCUGGGGACUUUAGAGAAGGAAGAACAUUUAUAUAUUAAUAAUUGAUAGCUGAAUAUUAGAAUCAGAUUAAUUUGGGCUGAUGAAAGUUUUUUUUUUUUUUUUAAAGCAGUGUGCACUCUAGGAAGGAAGCGUUUUCAUAGGCAUACUUUAUAGGGGUUCUUUAGGGCAGGGAGCUGAAAUAUCUCCUUUUAUAGAGGAUACUCAUCAACAUCUGUUGUUUCAUUGAGGGCCUGGUAAAGGGAUUGAAAUUGGGGCUAAGACAUCUAAGUGUACUUUUCAGUGUUUUAUGUUGUUUGUUUACAUUUGGUGUUUACUCAUGUUUGGUCAGUAGAAAUAAAUAGGUCAGCUUUUCUUUUGGUUUUGAAGACUAGCCCCUCCCCCUCUUUGUAAGUUUCACAAUCUACUUGGUUCCACGGUAUUGUAGGAGACUUACUCCAUUUUUACUGGAAAUACUAUUAUGCAUUUUGAUUUUGCUUUGAAGGGUCCACCCUUUUUCCCAUUCAAUCAUCUGGAAGGAGCUGCCUCAGAAAUAUUCUUCUUCUGCUUACAUGAAGAGCUCUAAAUGCUAUCCAGCAGGAGGUGCUACAGCAAGAUAAAGCAAAUCUCUGAAUUUUGAGGGUCUUGCUACUUACGACAGCUCCACUUAGCUUCAACUAAGCAACAGGAUUAACACCCUAAAGUUCCAGAAAGAUUUUGAGGAACAAGAGUGCUGAAGGAGGGCCAGUUUCCCCAAAAUCGGACUUCUCAGAACCUUUAAUAUGCUAAUGUGCAUUGUGAGUCUCCAAGAGGGGGAUAUGAUAUGCAGCAUUCUUGAAUACUUCUAAUGACAGGGAGCCCACUACCUCAUAAGCUGCAGUGAGAAGAGGAGUUUGUUAUUUUAAACGGAGGCUGAAGAAACUGUAGAAUUAGACAUAAGAGAAAGUGGAGAAGGUAGAGGAUGGAGUUGCAGACUCUACAGGAAGCUCUUAAAGUGGAAAUUCAGGUUCACCAGAAACUGGUUGCUCAAAUGAAGCAGGAUCCACAGAUAUUUUUUCUUUCCAAUCAGAAUGCUGAUUUAAAGAAACAGCUUCAUGAGCUCCAAGCCAAAAUCACAGCUUUGAGUGAGAAACAGAAACGAGUAGUUGAACAGCUACGGAAGAACCUGAUGGUAAAGCAAGAACAACCAGACAAGUUCCAAAUACAGCCAUUGCCACAAUCUGAAAACAAACUACAAACAGCACAGCAGCAACCACUACAGCAGCUACAGCAGCAGCAGCAGUACCACCACCACCACGCCCAGUCGGCUGCACCCUCUCCCAGUCUGACUGCAUCCCAGAAGACUGUAACUACAGCUUCUAUGAUUACCACAAAGACACUACCUCUCGUCUUGAAAGCAGCAACUGCGACCAUGCCUGCCUCUGUUGUGGGCCAGAGACCUACCAUUGCUAUGGUGACCGCCAUCAACAGUCAGAAGGCUGUGCUCAGCACUGAUGUGCAGAACACACCAGUCAACCUGCAGACGUCUAGUAAGGUCACUGGGCCUGGGGCAGAGGCUGUCCAAAUUGUGGCAAAAAACACAGUCACUCUGCAGGUUCAGGCAACACCUCCUCAGCCCAUCAAAGUACCACAGUUUAUCCCUCCUCCCAGACUCACUCCGCGUCCGAACUUUCUUCCCCAGGUUCGACCCAAGCCUGUGGCCCAGAAUAACAUUCCUAUUGCCCCAGCACCUCCUCCCAUGCUUGCAGCUCCUCAACUUAUCCAGAGGCCUGUUAUGCUGACCAAGUUUACCCCCACGACCCUCCCUACCUCCCAGAAUUCCAUCCACCCCGUCCGUGUCGUCAAUGGGCAGACUGCAACCAUAGCCAAAACGUUCCCCAUGGCCCAGCUCACCAGCAUUGUGAUAGCUACUCCAGGGACCAGACUCGCUGGACCUCAAACUGUACAGCUUAGCAAGCCAAGCCUUGAAAAACAGACAAUUAAAUCUCACACAGAAGCAGAUGAGAAACAAGCAGAGAGCCGCACCGUCACCCCCCCUGCCGCGCCCAAACCCAAACGGGAGGAGAACCCGCAGAAACUUGCCUUCAUGGUGUCUCUAGGGUUGGUAACACAUGACCAUCUAGAAGAAAUCCAAAGCAAGAGGCAAGAGCGGAAAAGGAGGACGACGGCGAACCCCGUGUACAGCGGAGCCGUCUUUGAGCCCGAGCGUAAGAAGAGUGCAGUCACAUACCUGAAUAGUACAAUGCAUCCUGGGACCCGGAAGAGAGGUCGUCCUCCAAAAUACAAUGCAGUGCUGGGGUUUGGAGCCCUUACCCCAACAUCCCCCCCAUCCAGUCAUCCUGACUCCCCUGAAAAUGAAAAGACAGAGACCACAUUCACUUUCCCUGCACCUGUCCAGCCUGUGUCCCUGCCCAGCCCCACCUCCACAGACGGUGAUAUCCACGAGGACUUCUGCAGCGUUUGCAGAAAAAGCGGCCAGUUGCUGAUGUGCGACACUUGCUCCCGUGUGUACCAUCUGGACUGCUUAGACCCGCCUCUGAAGACGAUCCCCAAGGGCAUGUGGAUCUGUCCCCGAUGCCAGGACCAGAUGCUGAAGAAGGAAGAAGCAAUUCCGUGGCCCGGAACUUUAGCAAUUGUUCAUUCCUAUAUCGCCUACAAAGCAGCAAAAGAAGAAGAGAAACAGAAGUUACUUAAAUGGAGUUCAGAUUUAAAACAAGAAAGAGAACAACUAGAGCAGAAGGUGAAACAGCUCAGCAAUUCUAUAAGUAAAUGCAUGGAAAUGAAGAACAGCAUCCUGGCCCGACAGAAGGAGAUGCACAGCUCCCUGGAGAAGGUAAAACAGCUGAUCCGCCUCAUCCAUGGCAUCGACCUCUCCAGACCUGUAGACUCUGAGGCCACUGUGGGGGCCAUCUCCAACGGCCCGGACUGCACCCCCCCUGCCAGUGCUGCCACCUCCACGCCGGCCCCCUCCCCCUCCUCUCAGAGCUGCACAGCGAACUGUAAUCAGGGGGAAGAGACUAAAUAACAGAGCCCUGCUAGGAGAAGCCACGGGAUCCCGGCGGCGAGGAGAGAAAAACACUGAAGACUCUAGAAAAGCAAAGCCGGAUUUCUUCUGGAAAGUACGGAAUUCUUUUGGUUCUUUGGUUCCAGAGAGAGAGAAGAUGCUUGUGCCAGGUGGCACCAGAGUUUGCCAAUUGAUCCUUCUUAUUCUGUGUGUACAUGCAAAGAUUGGACCAUGUUACAUGAAAUAGUGCCAGCUGGAGGUUUUUUGCCAGCACCAUGCCAAGUGAAAUAAUAUAUUUACUCUCUCUAUUAUACACCAGUGUGUGCCUGCAGCAGCCUCCACAGCCACCGUGGGUUUGUUUUUGCUUCGUUGGGCGGGGAGCAGGGACGGGCGGAGGGAGGAGAGCAGGUUUCAGAUCCUUGUUUGCCGAGCCGUUCGUUUAGGUAGAGAAGACAAGUCCAAAGAGUGUGUGGGCUUUUCCUGUUUCUAAACUUUCACUACUAUAAAACCAAAAAAAGAAAAUCGAGAUUUAACCAACCCCAGUGCCCG